UUCCAUAUACGGCAGGAGCGUUCUUAAAGGGAGCUCGCUUUAUAAAUUCAGAUUAAGAGAGUUUACGCGAUCAAUCUGCUGGACUAUUAAUAUUUUCCGAAAUGGGAAUAGCCGAUGAGGCUGACCGGACUUUAUUUGUCGGGAACUUGGACCCACAAGUAACAGAAGAACUUAUAUUCGAGCUGUUUGUACAGGCUGGGCCACUAACCAAAGUCAAAAUCCCAAAAGACAACGAUGGAAAAUCAAAACAGUUUGCAUUUGUAAACUUCAAGCACGAGAUCUCUGUGCCCUAUGCUUUACAUUUGCUGAACGGUAUUCGUCUGUUUGGAAGGCAACUAAACAUACAGUUCAGAUCCGGUAGCAGUCAUAUCAAUCAGGAGGGGAAAAGUCCAGCAAACUCUCAAAACCCCAGUCCAGCAAAUACACCUGGUCACCGUGGUGGAAGAACCCCAGAGCAGACGGGCUCUCCAUCCUACUCCCCUCCACAACGUCUGCAAAAGUCUUUUUCAUCACCUGACAGCUUACAGAGACAUGCAAUGGUUAACAGUAUGUGGCAACUUCAGAUGCAGCAGUUGCAACACCUAAAUGGGGCCUUCCAGAUGGGCGUUCAGCAGUUAAGAGGUGGUGCUGGAGGAGUAGACAGUAACCCCCAGCAACAGGAUUGGGUGGGUCAGCAUGGUCGUCGUCACUCACAUCAGGAAAAUAGCAGCCAUCAUGGACGAGAUCAACGGCACGGUAGCGCCGGGAGCAAUCACGAUCGCCAUCGUCGUGAUGGUCAGCGGGGUGAAUACUACCACCACGAAGAUCGUAGUGGAGGCCGCAACAGAAACCACACCCCUGAAAGAUGGAGAGACUCAAGAGACGGGUCUAGAGGAGGACGAUGGAAUCGGUUUUAAAAAAAUAACUUAUGUAUUUUAGUUUCCUGUAGACUUUUUAAAAUCAAUUGUUUUAAUGAACCCAAUUCUCUCCCUAGAUUUUUUUUAAAAAAUAUUUUUGUUUACUUAAAGGAAUAGUCUACCCUUUUGCCAUAUUAAACUAUGUUAUUACCUCAACUUAGACAAAUUAAUACAUAUCUAUCUUUUUUCAAUGCGUGCACUGUACGGUGCAUCGGGAAUGUGUUAGCAUUUGGCCUAGCCCCAUUCAUUCCUAUGGUACCAAAAAAAAGUUUUAUUUUGUGGCACCAUACUUACUGAUAUAACUUCUCAUGUAACAGUCUUUAAAUAAGGAAAACACGGAAGUGUUUGGUUUCUUCCCUGUUUUGUAUCAUAGGAAUUAAUGGGUCUAGGCUAAAUGCUAACACAUUCACGACGUGCUGUACAGUGCACGCAUUGAAAAAAGAUAGAUAUGUAUUAAUUUGUCUAAGUUGAGGUAAUAACAUAGUUUAAUAUGGCAAAAGGGUAGACUAUUCCUUUAAGAUCAGGCUUCAGUUAUAUAAAAAAGGUACCUGACAUCUAUAACGAAAAGAAUCACUGUGCAGAUCAGAAAUGCAAGAAAAAAUAUAGAACAAGUAAUUAACUUGCCAUUUUGUACACUGGCCAUUUAAAAAACAAUAUAAUCUCAGGGAGAAACUUUUGUUUAUAUAUUUUUAUAAUUUCCUUUCUAGGAAAUUUCUGUAUUUUCAAUGCCACAAUAACUUCACAAUUUAAUACGCUACAAAUUUGUCUAGAAAUAAUCUUAGUUUUCCAGUUGGGCAUUUCUUAGAAUUUCACUUUGACAAAUAGUAAACUAGUUUGUUAUAACAAGUGCUUUGUCUUGAUGUACAAGUUUUUUUCAAAACUUUUUUACUUAAAACAUUCCUCUUUUGAGGGCACUUUUCAAAUUUGCUCUUCCUCAAGACUGCCAUGGAACAAUUAGUUUUUAAUAAAAACGUUUUGUCAUGUAUAACUGCACCAACUGUUCAUUUUCAUAAAAGUUACAGUU